UCCUGUUGGGCAGAAACAAAGAACAAAUAGGAGAACGUAAAGGUCUGGAAUAUACUCAGCAGCAAAUUCCUUAUCUUUGUCGCUAUUUACAUCCAUAACCUUCGCCUCAUCCACGUUUCCGGCAGCUCGAGUGUAUGUGAUUCUAACAGGACUGUACUUUUCCAUCGAGGAAACAGGCAUGGAAAGGUUCAGUAAAUGGUUGGAUGCGAAUCAAUUAACCAGCUGUGCUUAAGGCCGAUUUUCCCACCUCGUUUCUGACGAAUGUGGACCUUCUUGGAAACUAAGGUUGCUGUGAAAAGAACUUCGAAUCAUCUGGUUGGGUUCAUCUUCAAGGGGAGAAAAAAGUUUGUCAAAUGUAUAGUGGCUCUGAGAAAUUGUAAAACAAAUAACCAAUUUUCCUCAUCACAGUUUAACGCCUAGAAUUGUUGUAUAUUUGAACAACAAACCCGGCAUACAACAUGUAAUAAGAAUUUGGAAUCCAAGUUCAGUUGAAUGGUGGCAUCUUCAACCCCAGGCCUGUUGAGGCGUCUCCUUCCAUAUGCUGUGUUCCUGACAGCUUUCUCUGUAGUCAUGAUGGUGCUUCUGAUGGCCACAGACAUACGCGCACCAAGACGACGAGCCUUUAACAUGACAGAUCUGGAUUUUCGAAAUGUGGCCCAAGAUGACCCUCAGUUCAUUACCUACAUUCGAGCGGUACAUCUCCAUUUGCCUUCGUCAUCACCUGGAAUGAGAAACUCCUCCGUAGACCCACCACCACAGACAAAAGUUGUGGCCAAACUUCUCCAGUUUAAGAAAGGUGGUAUAUUUGUUGAAGCUGGGGCAUAUCGACACAACCGAUCAUCUGACACUGAAUGGCUUGAAAGGGAGUUGAACUGGCAUGGUCUGUUGAUUCAACCCGAUCCAAAGGAUUAUCUUAUUCUCCGGUCCUAUAACAGGGUUGGAGCUCACUGCAUACAUGCUUGCCUUAGUCCAACACCAUAUCCCAAAGAGGUCACAUUUCGUGAAGCUGUGGAAGGUCCAGACAGGAAUCAGGAAUACGUAUUUACACGGGUCAAAUGCUUCCCACUCUUUUCUCUUCUUUUGGCCAUCAAUGCAACUGCUUUCAACUACCUCAGUCUUGAUGCAGAAGGGGCAGAAAUACAGGUGCUGAAAACCAUUCCAGCUGACAGAGUUCAGGUUGAUGUUAUUGGAGUGGCCAGGGGUGAAGAGGACAAAGACCCUGGAGCAUCCAGAGCACUGCUAGAUUUUAUGGCAAGUCGCAAAUAUGGCCUUGUUCACAAAUUCAGACAUAUGUACCUGUUCACAUCUGACAAUUUCAUAACCUAAUAUGCCAGUAAUUAAUGCAUAUUUUGUUAGUUAAUAUUUCGGGAUUAUGGGUUAGGAAAGUCCUGCUCUCAUAUAUAUAAUAAUCGCAUUAUUCUAAAUUAUCAUCUGAGCAAAAAGUAAACAUGACACCAGAAAACUAGAGCAAGAAUUGGGAAUACAUUCUUUCAAUAGAAUUAUAAAUUAUGAAUCUCAGUACAAGACAGAGUAGUGAAAUGGAUUUAUCCUGCCUUCUAACAAACAGUUGUUUCACAGAAAUAAACUGUAUUUACAUUACUUUAAUGUUGAUAAAAUUAUUAUUUUUGUUAUAAAAUGUAUUCAUUCAUAUUACUUUGUUCUUUACCAUAAGCAAUAUUUAUUCCACAAUAAGUGUCAUAUUUGUCAUUGUAUAAGACAUGUUUCAUUUCCCUCAGAAAUGCUCCGAAAAUCCUUAGAUAUCUUUUACUCUGAAGGUCUGUGACGUUUUAUAUUCUGUAUAUCAGCAGCCGUGAAUCCUUGUCACAGUUUUAAAAAAUCACAACAUUUGUUGGGAAGGAAAUGUAUCUUAUACACUGACAAGUGUGGUUUUUCAUUUAUUAUUAUUAUUAUUAUUAUUAUUAUUAUUAUAGGGCUGUUAACUAAUGAAGCAAACUGUACAUGUGAAAAACAUCUGUUCUGUUCUUCUUCUGCAGCAGCACUUAGAAUUCAAGGGCAUGUACAGUCUGGUUCAGUAGCCAAAAAUAACCCUACCAUACAUUACCUUCAGUAAGACAGAAAUGAAAACGCAGUGUUUCAGAAGGUUAAGUAAUCCUCAAAUUAUAUAUUCCUUAUAAAUAUCUGGGAGAAAGCAAUCUAUUUAGAAAGUUAUUACAUUAAUGCCCUUUCUAUACAUAAAUUAAAGGUUAUAUUUAGACCCUUGUAAAUGGAUUAGUAAUGUUUUUUUAUUUUUUUACUCUUUUUGCACAAAUUACCUUGAACUAAAUGCGUUAUUUGGAGGUUGUAUGUGAUCACAUAUUAUAUAUUCAAAAUUCCUGAAUUGAUUCCAGUGACAUACAGUAUUUGGGGGUACAGAAGAACCUCCAUAAUGUUCCUUAAGAGUUUCCUGCCAUUUAAUGUUCAAUUACAAUAAUCUCAGGGUUACAUUUCCUCCAUUUCAGGAUUUUCCUCAGCUUAGUGUUCAAAUCCACUGUUCUGCAAAGUAACCUUAAAUGGGUUUCACUUUAUAUGGUAAAUGUGUUCUUACUUAGUUACUCCUUGGUUCUAUAGUCCUCUUAAGAACAUGUUCCCUAAUUACAAGAGACGGUUGUUCCUUCAGUCCAACAUCCAUCAGUAGAUUUCUCAACAUACAUUGUUUUCAGAGGUAAGGUUACUUUCACUCAUUCCUGCAACCUGGAAGACCAGGGGCCCCUAUCCUUCAACCUAUUCAGAACGUGUAUCUCUACCAAGAAUUUAUGCCCACACUAGUGUAGCUCUCCAGGUGAUCAGCACAUGUAAUCCUCCCAAUCUCAUUAAGGUAGUAGUCCAGGAGAAGGAAUAAAUGUAUUUAGUCGAGCUUAAUUUCAGUGUGGGAGCCACAAUAGCUCAGUCAGUACAGCAACUAGACUAUGGGCUGGAUGGCUGAGGAGUUGGGUUUCGACUCCCGGUAGAGACAAGAGAUUCUUCUAUGCUCCAUAACAUCCAGACCAAUUCUGGGGCCCACCCAGCCUCUAAUACAAUGUGUAUUGGGUUUGUUCUCCUGGGGUGAGUCUGACAACUGUCCUCCAUUUAGUGGUCACGAAUGGUGGAACUAUACCUCCACUCCCACAUACAUCAUCAUGGUGUCAUGGUUAAUGAAUUAAUUAAGC